AAUGUAUCCUGAGCCGCGCUCGUGAAUCGCCAUUUUGGCUCAGACUUGAGUAGUUGAAAGUCAGAGCCGAAAUGACCCCAGUUUCUGUUUUCUUCCAAAGACGUGCUCACUCAUUGGGAACAUGACGGCGACUUUGGCUGUCCAGAGGUUAGCUGGAGUGUCUGGGGCGCUUGCUGUCGCCGCGGGAGCAUAUGGAGCUCACGGGUUCAGGCGGAGUGACAGAGAUGAUUAUUUGAAAGAGCUGUUUGAGACGGCCAACAAGUACCACUUCCUCCACAGCCUGGCUCUGCUGGGUGCAGCUCGCUGCCGGAAGCCUGCACUGGCUGGCGGUCUGCUGACAGCGGGUAUGGGGCUUUUCUGUGGGGCGCUGUAUCACCAGGCUAUUACAGGGGACCCCAGCCUCAGUAAGCUGGCUCCAUACGGGGGCACCAUGCUCAUCGCUGGGUGGGCCGCUAUUGCCAUCUGACCCAUGACCUCUCGAACCCAUGGCCCAGUGGACGUUUUCCCUCACAGCACCUGACCUUUUAUAAAUCACAGACUUUGAGAUAGAGAGAGACUUUAUCGCCGACGGCGUCGAGAAGCCAGCGCUGUCUCAGACUGGUGUCUCCCUUCACAGCUGUAGACAAAAUACUAAUGUGUGAGGAUCAGUUUUUGCUUUCAAAAUUCGUGAAGGGUCCUGUGACUAAAUCUAUGUGUGAGUUUGUAUGUGGAUUUUUCUUUUUCAGCAAAAAAAUAAAAUUGUUUUGAAAAUUGUCA